AUGUCUUCUUUAACCAACAACACCAAAACUGGGUUUUCUGUCAAGGACAUUUUAGAUUUGCCUGAUACCAAUGAUGAAGAAGGAUCCAUUACUGAAGGGGCUGACGAAGAUACAGAAGAGUCUCAGCCCCCCAAAAAAGCUGGGGUGUUAAGUCAGAGCACCCUAGAAGCUGUGCAAGGUCUGCCCCUGAAAAACCCCUUCUAUGACAAUAGCGAUAAUCCUUAUACACGGUGGCUGGCUACUACUGAGACCAUCCAGUAUUCCUUACAUGGCUUUGCAUCGACCAAUUCCCAACAAGACUCGUCACCCAAAUCCCCAGAACCCUCAGCUGAUGAAUCCCCAGACAACGACAAGGAAACAUCCAGCAGUGCAGACUCUGGGAAGAAAAGGAAAAGACGGGUCCUUUUCUCCAAGGCACAGACUUAUGAACUAGAGAGAAGGUUCAGGCAGCAGAGGUACCUGUCAGCACCAGAGAGAGAGCACUUGGCCAGCCUGAUCCGCCUCACCCCCACCCAGGUGAAGAUCUGGUUCCAGAACCACAGGUACAAGAUGAAGAGGGCACGGGCAGAGAAAGGUAUGGAAGUCACCCCUCUUCCCUCACCUAGACGGGUGGCAGUACCAGUCUUAGUCAGAGAUGGUAAACCAUGCCACACACUGAAAGCUCAGGACUUAGCAGCCACUUUUCCAGCUGGCAUCCCUUUCUCAGCAUAUAGUGCCCAGUCAUUACAGCAUAUGCAGUAUAAUGCCCAGUACAGCUCUGCCAGUAACCCCCAGUACCCCACAGCUCAUCACCUGGUGCAAGCCCAACAGUGGACUUGGUGA